UCUCGUGGAUUUAAAGCGUGAAGGUAGAGAGGAGAGCCCACGAGGAAUCUCGCUAGAGUGAGGUUCUGCUUCUGAGUAUUCGUGAUAAAAUGAAGCCCGAACGGCUUUAGUAAAUUAAAGCUGAAGACAGAGGAAAUAUAAUGAAUACGUGGCUGGAGUCGUCUUAAGGGACCGGAGCACGCGUUGUCUAUUACCCUGUACGUUUCUGUGGGCAAGUUUUGUGCCUACGUCCCGCGAUGGCUCAGCUCCAGACACGCUUCUUCACUGACAACAAGAAAUACGCAGUAGAUGAUGUUCCCUUCUCAAUCCCUGCAGCUUCUGAAAUUGCUGACCUUAGUAACAUUAUUAAUAAAUUGCUGGAGGCCAAAAAUGAGGUUCACAAGCAUGUGGAGUUUGACUUCCUUAUCAAAGGCCAGUUUCUGCGGAUGCCGUUGGUCAAACACAUGGAACUGGAAAACAUCUCAUCUGAAGAGGUUGUGGAACUAGAAUAUGUGGAGAAGUACACUGCACCUCAGCCAGAGCAAUGCAUGUUCCAUGAUGACUGGAUCAGUUCAAUCAAAGGGGCAGAGGAAUGGAUCUUGACUGGUUCUUAUGAUAAGACUUCUCGGAUCUGGUCCUUGGAAGGAAAGUCAAUAAUGACAAUUGUGGGACAUACAGAUGUUGUAAAAGAUGUGGCCUGGGUGAAAAAAGACAACUUGUCUUGCCUACUGUUGAGUGCCUCUAUGGAUCAGACUAUUCUCUUAUGGGAGUGGAAUGUAGAGAGAAACAAAGUGAAAGCACUACACUGCUGCAGAGGUCAUGCUGGAAGUGUGGAUUCUAUAGCUGUUGAUAGCACAGGAACUAAAUUUUGCAGUGGCUCCUGGGAUAAGAUGUUAAAGAUCUGGUCUACAGUCCCUACAGAUGAAGAAGAGGAAAUGAAGGAACCCACAAAUCGACCAAGAAAGAAACAGAAAACAGAGCAGUUGGGAUUAACAAGGACACCCAUAGUGACCCUCUCUGGCCACAAGGAAGCAAUUUCCUCAGUUCUGUGGUCAGAUGCUGAAGAAAUCUGCAGUGCAUCCUGGGACCACACAAUUAGAGUGUGGGAUGUUGAGUCUGGCAGUCUUAAGUCAACUUUGACAGGAAAUAAAGUAUUUAAUUGUAUCUCCUAUUCUCCACUGUGUAAACGUUUAGCAUCUGGAAGCACAGAUAGGCAUAUCAGACUGUGGGAUCCCCGAACUAAAGAUGGUUCUUUGGUGUCACUGUCCCUAACCUCACAUACAGGCUGGGUUACAGCAGUAAAGUGGUCUCCUACCCAUGAGCAGCAGCUGAUUUCAGGUUCUUUAGAUAACAUUGUCAAGCUGUGGGAUACAAGAAGUUGUAAGGCUCCUCUCUAUGAUUUGGCUGCUCAUGAAGACAAAGUUCUGAGUGUAGACUGGACAGACACAGGGUUACUUCUGAGUGGAGGAGCGGACAAUAAAUUGUAUUCCUACAGAUAUUCACCUACCACUUCCCAUGUUGGGGCAUGAAAGCGAAUGAUUAGCUUGACUACAGAGAUUCUUUCUGUAAAUACAGUCAAUAGAGAAUACUCAAAUUACAUCAAUGCAGAUCAUCCUUGAUAAUAGUUAUUACUGUAUUUUUCUUUAUUUUGUAUUUAUUAUAUAACAGUUUGCAUUUAUAAAACAUAAAAUGUGGCCUGCAUUCUCUACCGUAUGCAAACUCUUGAAAUUAAACUGAGUUUAUUUCUUUUUAAAGGUAUUGGUUUGAAUUAAGAUUUGCUUUUCAAAAGCUAUAAAAGCAUUUAUUAGAAGUAUAGUGCUUGUCCAGUUUUUUUAUUGCUGAUGGAGAAACUUUUUAAAGUUAGCUGGUUUAAAAAGGCAUCUAAAAACACUAAUGUAUUUUAAUAGAGAAAAAAUUAGAAAUACAAUUUUCUUUUGCUAAAAUAA